AUGGGCGACCACAGCCAGGCGAGGCCACAGGGCUACAUUGUCCGCAUCGAGACCAAGCAGGGCUGUGUCUACCGACCCAAGACACCCACCGAAUUGCCGACCCCCGGCGGCCAGCAGCGUCGUUACCGCUUUCCCGUGGCCCCGCAUAUGGUCGUGCAGACCGUCAGCAGCUCGGUGCAGUCGUUUCCCCAGGGGAAGAACAAGACAAGGCUUGGUGGUAGCGCUGCAGGGCCGGCACAUCCACGCAUCGGCGACGACUCCAUCGAGCUCGGCAUCGAUCUGGCCCGGUCGGACGUGCCGCUGCCGGGCGAGAACCGAUCAGUGGCGCCGCUUUACACCUCCGAGGCUGAGCAGGAUGCAGAGUUGUACCGCCGAGGAAUACUCUACCAUGACGGCACUGCGGGUGAAGCCGGGACACCUCCAGCUGUGACAGUAACGGCGGCAAACACCUCGACUGGCCCGGCCGCCUACCAGGCUGACAGCUUAGACGGCAUCCGUCACACGCAGCCGGCGUACACGGUGCGUCUUGUCGAUGGCAAGAAACGCAGGGGAAGGAAGGCUGCUGCGGCUGCUGUUGAAGCUGAGGCUGAAUUCGAUAUCAUCACUGACGUUGACACUGAUGUCGGCGCCGGCAGUGCUCAGCUCACAGAGUCAUCAGACAAGAAUGGUGACGAGGAAGCAAAGCUGAUCAAGGAGCUCCCCAUUCCAGAGGGUCUGCGUCUGUUCACCCUCGGUAACCUGUGGGAGGAAGAGAACCCAGAUGCGGCCGCUCACAGUGAUGCAACCAACCGUCUGCUCGGCCACGAGGACAUCAGCCUGGACGAUAUUGAGAAUGUGGAGUAUGUUUUGAUCGAUGACGACGACCUGCAUUCGAUGGCUGCAUCAUGGGUGGAGCUUGACAGUGUUGCGGAAUCAGACGACUGGACAUGA